UUAAAUUGUGUCUGCGCGAUGAAACUCAGGAACGGGCUGCUUUAAUGUGCGCUGUGUGUGUCUGUGUAUAGUUUUAUGACAUGAAGGCAUUGUGUUAAUCAGCAUAAGAACGCUUGUCUUUGACGGUUCACGACAGUGUGAUCUGCAGUUCACCUCACAGUCAUGAGGCGGCUUUUCGUCGUUAUUCUGCUUGCAGGGGUAGUUUGCUCGGGAAGCACUUCAAUCAGGGGCCUGCUGCAGUCAAGUGGAGGAGCAGACUUCGAAUCAUGCCAGCAGCAGAGACGGCUUGGUCCACGUGGUAAAAUAAGCAGCCCAGGAUAUCCCAUUUCCUACUCCAAUCACACAUCUUGCAGCUGGUCCAUUAUCGGUCGUCGUGAUCAGGUCAUUACGAUAAGUUUUGAUGACUUGGACCUUGGUGGCCUGGAAGACUGUGAGAAAAGCCCCUGUUGCGGGGGCACUUGGAUAAAGCUGGGCCCUACAGCGAAUGGAGGCGAGAGAGUGCACUGUGGGCGCAAGCGUCCCGAGCCAUUUAUUUCACGAAAUAGUAAAGUGUGGAUCAAGUUCCAUAGCUCUCCAAUGCAGGUGCCUCAAGGCCGAGGCUUCCAGCUGUCUUAUACUGUAGGGGGAUACAAGCAAUCUUCAUCAUGUAGACCAGAUGAAUAUAAGUGCCGGAAUGGAAUGUGCAUAAUGCAACAGUGGGCUUGUAAUGGUCACGCUGAGUGUGAGGACAACUCUGAUGAGCUGCAGUGUCCCUGUUCAGGUGGAAUGUUGCGUUGUGCAACAGGUAGUGACUGCUACAACAGGGAAGCUCACUGUAAUGGGCAGCCCGACUGCCCUGACCUAAGUGAUGAGCUGGACUGUGCCUUCUGUGGGCCAAAUCGUACCUUGUGCAGUCCGACUUCUACAGCCUGCUAUGAUCCACUCAAUGAACGCUGUGACAGUAUAUUUCACUGUGAAAACGGGGAAGAUGAACAGGGUUGUGUAUCUGGGUGUGAGCAGAAGAUUAUGUGUGCCUCUGGAGUAGGCUGCUAUCGUGCCCAGGAUCGUUGUGAUGGCGUGCCUCAUUGUGCUGAUCGGUCAGACGAGACAGGUUGUGGACCAGAAAAGUGUCGCUCUGAAAGAGGUGCUUAUUUGUGUGGUGACGGAAGGUGUGUUACCGAAGAUUCUGUUUGUGACCGGGUGACAGAUUGCCCAGAUGGCAGCGAUGAGUAUGGAUGUUUGAGGAACAGCAUGAUAACGGCAGCUAUCAUUGGAUCCCUGUUCUGUGGGUUGCUUGUUGUGGUGGCUGUCAGCUGCUCAUGCCGGCUGUAUGCAUUGCGGCUGGCACAGCAGCAAGCGGCAGCUUCCGAGGGCCCUAUGGACUCUCCUCCACUGUUUGCGGACAGUGCUCCACCAGACUUUUGGUUUCGAGAGCCUCCACCACCGUAUGCAGUUGCUGUUGGUGACCACAGGUACCAUGUCCCAUCAGAUGGCGUGAUAGUGUAUGGGCCUGGAAGCACACAGAACGACCUGGGAAAUAUGUGUACACGAGGCACACAGCGUCGCACACGACGCCUGCGGCGCCAUCGGCGUCGGCCUCCGUCACCUCCCACACCUUCAGUCACGUCUCAUGAGACUGGAUCGUCUGAGGAAGUGCUCGCCACCACAGUGCAUGCUGAUAACAGCCUUGUCUUGGGUGUUCACACAGUUGCAACAUCUCGACGGAAAGUCUCAACGACGUCUGUGCUAUCAGAGGGGACUAGCCGGAAUGCCCUGCCUGUGGUAGCCACAGACACUGUGGUCAGCUGUGAUGACACACGGCCACUGAUUGAGGAUGACACCCAUUGUACCACAUGAGUCACCAAAUGUAGUUGGCACAUGUACUGGUGCCUCGUAUGAGCUCUGGGAUGUCCACAUAGCAUUGCGCAGCAGUGGCUAUACGACUAUGAUGAGCAAUUUACAGAUGCCAGUCUUUACUGGCACGAGAAUCUGUGCUAGCCAAUAACUUCAAUGGCAUGUUCAGUCGACGUGUUUCGUUUGUGAAGAGUGUCACAUGCACCGUCAUUUUGUUUUGGUCAUUCGUUCAUUCAUCAGUUUGGCGUGCGGAUUCAUUGCAUUAACCAGCAAAGCAGGCCACAUUCUAGAUUCACCAUUUCGCUGGAUGUCCCACUUGUAAUUUUGUGGUACAUAACGUAUUUUGCUAAAGGUUAAUUUUGUCGUAUGAGCGGUACUGAAAGCAGCGCCACUGUGAUGUUACUACUAACCUUUAGGACUCCAUGUACUCCACCUGAAAUGACACUGAAUUUGUGCAUAGCACUGGGUUAUCACUAGUACUGAUAGCAUUCAGUGUCCGGGAUGUGAUGUUAAGAAUCGAGUUAGAAAUUUAUGAGAACUUUGUUUGCAUAAGCAACUUCUUGGACAGCAGUCUCAAGUCAGCGUUUGGGUAUUGAACUCUUUCAAGGUUUUCCCAAGGUCAGUUCUAAAUGAUUUCAUAUUUCUGAACUUGGGAUCACAUGUUGCAGUUCCCUCUUUGCCUGUUGAUGUGAGCUGCAUAGACGCAAUUUCAGUCUUGUUAUGUACACAAAUAUAUAUAUAUAUAUAUAAAUAUUAUAUAUGUAUAGUUGCUACUUGUAUAGGUUGUUGUACAAGGAUAGAAAGGGUUUGUACAUAAUCAUGUCAUUGUUAACUGUUUCACUUACUUUAAAAAUGUUUAUACUUAAGGCAGAGCAUUUAUAGGCCCUAACAUGCAUAUUGCGUACCACCUUGCUUUUUCUUUCAGUACUUCUUUUUGCUUCAAGUUUGUACUAGGUGGACUACUUUAAAUACAUUUGCCUGCAUUUUAAUUGCCAUAAUUUUAUUGCAGUAUCAAAACAUCUUAGAAUUAAAUUGAGUGUAAUCUGAUAACUUACAGUUAUCAGGAUUUUACAAACACCUGCUCUGUGUAUGUUCACUCCCACAUUCUGUGUUCAAGCAAACAUUUAAGCUCGUGGUGCUGCCAAUGAAAAUACUUGUUCAGCCAGUAUGCUCCCCUGGCAUGCUACUUUAGUUGUUUUUGCACUAAAAAAAAACAUUUGCACCCUUCAGGGCACCUUUUUGCCCUGCAAUAUUACUCAUCUGUCUGGCAUGCGUUUUCUUGCUUUAAUGCCAUGUGUAUCAUGUCAGCGUGACAUAGCUUUCUUGACAGGAAAGGGCUGGGCACCAAAUUUUCACAAAAGAAACGCAUGCAAAACAAGUGACGGUUAUUGUUAUGCUAUAAAAAGUAACUCCAAAGGUGCGACUGUUUUUAAAAUGUAGCUGCUUGCACAUUCUGUGAAUAUCUGAAGCUGUUGUUAGUGAUCUGAAAUGGCACAAAAAAAAAUAAAAGAACCUUUCCUUUUUCUUUUAAGUCACAUAAUUUUAAAAGAACUCCUUUAAGCAGAUAGCACAACUCUAAUCCCUGAACUGCAUUGCUUGAAGAUGCAGACAAUGCGUGAGAAAUCACAAUUUGUAAUGGGCAACUUGAUUAUAUUGGAUGAAUCAAACAUUUAGCUAAAUAAUUUAUUAAUUUGAAGCAUAUGUUUUGAAUUUGCAAACUAGUUCAUGAAUUAAUGAGGCACAUUCAUUGAAGUAAUAUCUGGAUAUAGCCAGCUUUGAGAUAGUUUUUACCGUAUGCGUGAUCAACUAUGUUGGGGUUUCAGUUUAUAUUGUGUCUCUAUGUGAAAAACAAGAUUUCAUUCACGAAGUAAAUGUAAUUGCAGUUCGAUCUCCUUGAAAGUGCGACUGCGUCCUUCUUGCGAUGCGUGUCAUCCUUAGAAUUUGUUCCAUGUUGAGAAGCCUUGUAAAUUGGCAGCAAAAAAUAUAAUUAAAUUUAUGUUUGGGGUUUUAUGUUAUGAGGGACACAGUAGUGGGGGCUCCGGAAAUUUUCACUAUCAGGUGUUCUUCAACGUGUACUGACAACACAUAGUACACAGGCCUCUAUCACUUCGCCUCCACCGAAAUACAAGCGCCGUGGCCGGGAUCGAACUUACGACUUUCGGGUCAGCAUUUGAACACUGUAACCACUUCGCCACCAAAACAGAAAGUUACGCUAUGCUGCUUGUAAUUUUAAAAAUCAAUGAUUUUUUUAUGGUUAAUAUAUUCUGCUUUUUGUAUUCUUGUAGUAAUGUCCACCUGAUCAAGUGAUACAGUUCAGUUGGAGUAAUUCAAUAUGAAAUUCUGAAAGUUCUUUCAAAUCUAAAAAGAGAACAUUGUUAAGCAUAAAAGUGCUUCACAUUAGUAUGACUAUUCAUUGUGAAGAUGAAUAUUCUAUAUUUUUUUUUAAGCAGCAUGUGUAGCUAAACAGAACUUUGAACCUCAUGGCAUUUAGUUCUCUCGGCAUGUUUAAACCGCCAUACGAGAAGUCUUCCAUCUUACCAUACCGGAGCUUUUCCCAUACAAAGCAUGACAACACAGUUAUUCUAUAUUGAACUAGUGAAGGGUGUCCUAUAUGCUAGGGUUAGCUUUGCGAGUGGGCUUCUUGUUAUAUUAGUAAUUACAAAGUCUUGGACAUUUUGCUUUUCAAACAUCACUAUGGCUAUGCAUCUGUCGAAAGCUAACUUUAGUAAUUGGCAAAAGCUGAUCAAUUCUCCUUAACAUACAUCCCGCUUUCAGGUGUUAGUUGUUUGUUAAAAGAUUUGUUUUAUUGUUUUUUUUUCGUGUCCAGUAUCAUUAAAUGCAGCAACUAGAGAUAUGUAGGAGGAGUAUUGACACAGAAUUUCGAGGCAGACAUGAAUUGCGGUAGUGAUUUCUGUGGAAACACACUUGCAUCAUCUAAAAAAUAUUGAUGGUGACUUCAGACCAGGACAUAUUUGAAAUCAAUAUUUUAACCUGCGUGCUUCACAACUGCACUAUAAACGUUGCACUCACUACAUUGACAUCAACUUGGUUUUAAUGUAAACAAACGGCAACUUUUGCCAUCAGUGUCCUGGACAGAGGAAUUGUGAUGUACUCUUCUUCGUUUCUAGACAAGGAAGACUGCACACAGCAUGCAUUGUUACACUGUGUGUGCAUGUCAGUUAUGUGGGAUCGCAUUGCUAGCUGUAUUUACCUUCAAACAACUCUGGAGACUCAUUUUUUGUUGCUACAUAAAACUGAAACUGUGGUUGUGAAAACAGCACUAAAUUAUAACUGUUUCAAGCUGAAGUGAAUAAAUUUCCUGCCAUGAUA